GUCAGUUGCUUCAUUGUUCAAACAGUUUUUCAACCCCGUCCCGAACGGAGGUGUCUCGCAGGUUGCUCGCGUCCCCGUUUUUUGUUGAUUUUUUUGGUUAUACACACGGUGCCGCGAUGAGUGCGUACGCGGGGGUUUAGCGGUGGUUUAGUGCUAAGAAGAAGGAAAAAACCCGUUUUCCGUCUUGCAAGCGCACCGAAAGACGGCAGACCGAGCAAAUCGAGUUACGCGCGGGAGUCCCGGGAGCGUAGAAAGUGGCUGCACGACAAACCAACUCCAACAAGUGAUCCAACUCCAGUGCUUCCAGCAGCCAAAAAGGUUCUAACCAUUUUCGUGAUAGGUUGUUUUAGCAAGUGCUUUGCACUACACCGGCAUAUUACCGGAGGUGAAAAUUCUGUGCAAAGGCAGUGUAGUGUGGAAACAGGAAUUACGUCGUUCUUACGUCGUGUGUGUUGUGAUUGCGACUCCCGUCGUUUACUGCUCCCGUCUGCGUUGAUAGCUCCCGGAAGGUUGCUGGUAUAUUGUUUUCUGUUUAGUUUAAGGGCCACCAGGGCAGUGUGAUAGUGUGCGCGUUUGUGCUCCGAGUCCCAAUCGCUCUCUUCGGGAAAUUCCAGCAGUUCCUUCGACAGGUGUUAUUGAAAUCUUGCUCAUCAAUGCGCUUGUGCAUCCGUCCUUGAAACUGGCGAAGAGAAAGGGAGUCUGUAGCAACCGCACACACACACACACACACACGCGCGCGCACUCACACGCAGGCACAUGUUGCUGCAAAUGCAUGCAUCUCCGGUCAAGCAAAGGGGCACACCACAUCCUUAUCAUCGUGUAGUUUUUUAAAGCAACACGAAAACACGAAUCCAAACAUCACAGAGAGAAUAGGGAAUGUUUGCCAUCAUUUGAUGUGCUUUUUUUUGGAUGCUGCGAAGAGUGAAAAGCAAAACAGUGCGAUAAUUAUUCCGCUGGGUGUGAAGAGGAAGCCAAUAGCCAGCGGUUGCUGCGACUUUGUUGAUAGAAUUCUGAACAUCUGCCAAAGCACACGGUCCCGUCGUCGUCUCGUCACCUCGUCAUCGGAAAUGUCAAGCAGCUGUGUGGCGUGUGUGGCAUCGAAUUUUGAUUGAUAUCUCGGCUAAACGAGAAUAGAGAAACCAGGAAAGGAAGCGGAAAAUUAGUAAACACUAACAAAACCCGAACCAGAAUUGAGAAGGCGCAACCCGGAAGCAGCGUGCGACAGCGCCGAAUGUCUCGAUGAUCGUACUGGGCGGAAGGAAGGCAUCUCGUUGCUACUGUAGCUGACCGGGAGCGAGCGAGAAAGAGAGAGUGAACAAGAAGCCUGCUUUAAAAGGCAGGGAGCGGCAAUACACCGCAAGGUAGCGUUAGGUAGCGGCGGGCACAAUGUUCUUCCGCGGCGGGCUCAGCAUACGGCGCAAUCUGUACACGCGCGUGCUGCUGCUGCUGGUGCUCGGGCUGUUCGUGCUGUUCUACUUCAAGAACCUGAACGGCUCGCCGAACUCGCUCGGCAGCCCGGCCCUCGAGCAGGCGAAACCGCUGGCCCAGCUCGGGCUGGAUGUGAACCGGCUGGAGUUGCUGGCGGCGGCCGAAGCGGCCGCCGGCGGGCCCCUUAACAAGGGCAACCUGCUGCCGGCCCUGCCGCCGAGCGGAGACGCCCUGUUCGAGCGGCUCGUGCUGGCCGACCUGGCCAAGCAGCGGCCCGGCCUCGGCAACAAUGGCGAGGGCGUCGAGCUGACGGGCGACGCGAAGGAGAUCGGCGAAAAGCAGCUGGCCACGAUCGCACUGAACGAGGAGCUGAGCGAGCAUCUGAGCUACAACCGAACACCGCCGGACGGUCGGCAUCCGGCCUGCAAGCGCAAGCACUACGACCUGGCCGGCCUGCCCUCGACCAGCGUCAUCAUCAUCUUCUACAACGAGCCGUACUCGGUGCUGCUGCGCACGGUCCACAGCGUGCUGAACACGGCCGACGGGCGGCUGCUGCGCGAGAUCAUUCUCGUCGACGACGGCAGCACCAACGUGGAGCUGAAGGGCAAGCUGGACUACUACGUCCGGACCCGGCUGCCGGCGAAGGUGAAGGUGCUCCGGCAGCGACAGCGGGUCGGAUUAAUAAGGGCACGGUUAGCCGGUGCCAGGCUAGCGAAAGCCGACGUACUAGUCUUCCUCGACGCGCACUGUGAGUGUAUGGUGCAGUGGCUGGAACCACUGCUCGAGCGGAUCAAGGAGUCGCCCACGAGCGUCCUGGUGCCGAUCAUCGAUGUGAUCGAGGCGAAAAACUUCUACUACAGUACCAACGACUACAAUGAUUUCCAGAUUGGUGGAUUCACCUGGGACGGCCACUUCGAUUGGCAUGAUGUGACGAAGCGCGAGCGGGAGCGGCAGAAGCGCGAAUGUGCGGAGAAGGAUCUGGAGAUCUGUCCGACGUACAGUCCUACGAUGGCGGGUGGGUUGUUUGCGAUAGCGCGCGAUUACUUCUGGGACAUUGGCAGCUACGACGAGCAGAUGGACGGGUGGGGUGGCGAGAAUCUGGAAAUGUCCUUCCGGGUGUGGCAGUGCGGUGGUACACUGGAGACGAUUCCUUGCUCGCGCAUCGGACACAUCUUCCGCGAUUUCCACCCCUACUCCUUCCCCAAUGAUCGUGACACGCACGGUAUUAACACGGUACGGAUGGCGAUCGUAUGGAUGGAUGACUACGUCGAGCUGCUUUACCUGAAUCGACCGGAUCUGAAAGAUCAUCCCGAGCUCGGUGACGUUACGCACCGGAAAGUGUUGCGCGAAAAGCUGCACUGCAAAAGCUUCGACUGGUACAUGAAAAACGUGUACCCGGAGAAGUUCAUCCCGACGCGCAAUGUGCGCGCAUUCGGACGGUUGGCCUCCCAGGCGGACAAUCUCUGCCUCGACACGCUGCAGCAGAAUGCGGACAAGCCGUGGAACCUUGGUAUCUACACCUGCUUCAAGCCGGAAGUGUCCGCAUCGCAACUGUUUUCGCUAACGAAACGCAACGUGCUGCGGAACGAGCGCAGCUGCGCGACGGUACAGGCAAGCAAGUCGGAAUCGAAGUUCGUCGUGAUGAUACCGUGCAUCGAUGAUGAAGAUAUCGACGAUACGUGGGAGUUUACCGAGCAUCGGCAGCUGCGCCACAAGCAGUCGGGCCUGUGCCUGGACAGUAGCGACCUUUCGACGAAGAGCUACGUGCACGUGGCAACGUGUCAUCCGGGAAUUAAAACACAAAAGUGGGAAUUUCAACAUGAGUAGACACGGGAGGGGGUCGAUAGAGCGAUUGGUAUUGUUUUAUUUGCGCCCACAACCGACAGGCUCUAGUGUAUGUGUGUGUGUGUGGAAGGGAAAGCUGGAACUGAUGCUUCCUCUUGUUGUGAGUGGUUGCCAGCUUGAUGCAAGUAUGACUUUUUCGUGAAUGUUUGCAUCUUUUAGGUAUGCAAUAAUGGCCAGGAAUCAGGAAUCUGUUUAAUGGCCGCAUGUAUGUGCGUGCGUGUGUGUGAGUGUAUUUUGUUAUCUGUGUACGCAACCCUAAGAGCUCCUCAAUCGGUAAUGCUAGGCGUCAAACAUAGAACACUACUACCACUGACUAAACAUAAACGACUACUCGGCUACCCGAGUAAGAGUACUUCGACUGGAAGCAAAACAAUAAUACCUCGUUAAGGUUGAUAGCGUAAAAAUCACAAGCUUAACUCCUGCGUGCGUUGUGUAAAGCACGUGCGCAAUAGUGUGAGGAACGGGGCAAGGAACGAACGAUAUCGCAUGGCUUAGCUAGGAAAAAGGGAUAAACAGGAAGGGUAUUAAAUAUGGGCAAGAAAGCAUUAAGGAAUAUUCUUUCGACCGUUGCUGGAAUUGCAAACGGGUCGAAUGAAGGUGGGAAAAUAUGCCGGCAUUAGUAAAGUAUUGCAAUUGAGGAAAGGUGGAAAGAGGUGCAAAACAUCAUCACAACGUUGUUACCAACGGAAUUGUUGUUAGAGUAGGUCUCGGCAACUACGUGUGAGCAAAAAAAAAAAAAAACUAUCGACUGGCCAAACUGGAUGUGCAAAAUGUAAAAUUACAGCUUUUCCAGCUAACUUAAAGGGUGGAACAGAAGGAAAGGGGGAAAGAUUUUUAGAAACUGUGCUCCGACAACCAUUACAUUGGCCUAGCGGAUAUUAUUUGGUAAGACUUAUUUCGACAGCUAUUGCUUCCAUAUUUACUCGUAGACUCGGCCUGAAUCGUUUUCGAAAGGGAAUAGAAAAACAUCCGCUCAAAUACUAAAGGAUAAUAGGAACAGUUGGUAAAAUUGUAAUUAUUUAAUGAGUCCAACUGUAAGGGAACUGACAAGUAGUACACUAAUUCGUUCACCAGAAUGGUUUAAAAUGCAUCACAUGUGCGAAACACAAGCAGAUAAAAACAUUCCUUCCGUAAAUUUAUUUGAUUUUAGAACGACUACAGCGAAAAACUAGGUUCCUCAAUUACUACUUCGACCGUUAGGGAUGUUAUAUGAUAUGAAAAAGGGUUUUUUUUUAUUGUAAGGCUAAUUAUUGUGAAUCUUUAACAUCACGCACCUAUAAUCUUGCUGUAGCUCAACCGAGCUUAAACUGAUCCUUUGCAGAAGCGUUUAAUAGUCACAUCACAGCUAGGAAAUUGAAGAAAAACAAACUAGAAUGCUAGGAAAUGGGAUACCGUACUUACACAGAUGAGCGUGGCCAAUAGCGCACAUUAUACAGCCAAUUAGCAAGAAGCGUAGAAUGCAAAAAAAAAAAACUAGAACUCGAAGGUGCCACAGAACUUAAGUUAAAACAGUGCCACGCGGCAUUACGCAAAUGCACGUGGUAAAUGCAGCAAAUGAAGCGUGUUGAUUAUUGUAUGUGGAUGGCAGUCAGAAUAUCCAUAGCUGUGUAUGCGGUAAAAGAGCGUGCUUAGUAUAAUGCUUAAGUUCUGCCAAAAUGCGCCAUCACAAAUGCCAAAUGAGCUUCUUCCUCCCAUGCAUCGAUGCGCAUCCACGAAGCGCGCUUGCUUAGUAAGAGGAACGUUGUCGUAAAGGAAUUGUAAAAACAUCACACAAAAUCAAAUCAAUUGUGCAGUGGAAAGAAAAUGGGGG